UUGGGUAAACGUUUGGCGUUUUGAGUGAAAUUACAGUAUUUAAACAGCGAUCGAACGUUAUGCUUGACCAGUUUUCUGUAGACACUUGAAAUAUGAAAUUAUCUAUUCUCUUAUUCUUUGGGGCAAUUGUUAUUGCCUCAGCUACCGAUUACUGUGGACCACCACUGGACCUGUGUUCUCAACCAAUAAACCCGGGCAUAUCGGGCGGAGGCUGCAGAGGUCAAAUUGCAUGGGGUUACAAUCAAAAUACACAGAGUUGUCAAAGAUUUGUUUACAAUGGCUCUGGUGGUAAUUUAAACCGUUUUACUACGUGGAGAGCUUGCCGCCGCAGUUGUCGUUGUUUAUGAAGAAAAUCUAAUGUGAGAAUUUGACAGUUUUCGAGUUAUCAAUUAUAAAUACAUAUGUACUUGCUAUAAUACUUCGUUUGAAUUCAUAAAUUAAUUAAUAAAUAAUUGCCUUCGAAUAUAAAUAUAAA